AUGCAGGGUCUUGCGGAUGGUCCCGUCAAGACUCACCUGUUCCGGCUUGAACUAGAUUCACUAGAACAAGCCAUUUCCAUUGCGGAACAGGAAGACUUCAGUCUGAAACAGGCUCGCGCCAGCUCGACAUCAUAUCGUCAACCGAGACGAAAUGACAACGGAGGUCCAAAGCCGAUGGAACUCUGUUAUGUAGAGAGCGAGAAGGCUCGCUCUACAGGCUACAAGAAGUUGCAGAGAUGCGACAGAUUUCAAAAGACAGGACACUACGCUUACGAGUGUAGUGCCCCUCGUCCAGUGUCUCGCAACACUGGGCGUAGUGACCGUCCCACCAUGAGAAAGGGGCAGGGACGCGGGUCCGAAGUUGGUGCAAAGACGCAACAACGGGAUGGACCGUCAAAAAACGGACAGGAUCAGUAG